GCCGCGCCGCCCACAGUCCCCGACUAUUCUGCAGGUCACCAGCCCUGAAGAUGAAGGUUUGGCUGCUGCUGGGACUUCUGUUGGUACACGAAGCGCUGGAAGAUGUUGCUGGUCAACACCCCCCAAAGAACAAGCGUCCAAAGGAACAAGGAGAAAACAGAAUAAAACCUACCAACAAAAAGGCCAAACCCAAGGUUCCAAAAAUAAAGGACAGGGACUCAGCUGAUGCCACACCAAAGAGCCAGUCCAUCAUGAUGCAAGCAAUGGACAACGGUCGCUUCCAGAAGCCUGGUGCUGUAAUGAGUCUGACGGCAGGGCAAUCUGUAGAGCUCCGAUGUAAAGGGAGCAGGGUGGAGUGGAGUUACCCCGCCUAUCUGGACACCUUCAAGGACUCCCGUCUCAGUGUGAAGCAGAAUGAGCGCUAUGGGCAACUGACUCUGGUCAACUCCACCUCGGCGGACACGGGUGAAUUCAGCUGCUGGGGCCAACUGUGCAACGGCUACAUCUGCCGACGAGAUGAGACCAGAACCGGCUCCACCUACAUCUUCUUCACAGAGAAAGGAGAGCUGUUUGUACCUUCCACUAGUUACUUUGAUGUUGUCUACCUGAACCCGGACAGACAGGCUGUGGUUCCUUGUCGAGUUACAGUGCCAUCAGCCAAAGUCACGCUCCACAGAGAGUUUCCGGCCAAAGAAAUCCCUGCCAAUGGAACGGACAUUGUUUAUGACAUGAAGAGAGGCUUUGUAUACCUUCAGCCUCAUUCUCACCACCAGGGUGUGGUCUACUGCAAAGCUGAGGCUGGGGGAAAGUCUCAGAUCUCUGUCAAGUAUCAACUGCUCUACGUGGAAGUUCCCAGUGGCCCUCCGUCAACAACCAUCUUGGCCUCCUCCAACAAAGUGAACGGCGGGGAUGACAUCAGCGUGCUGUGCACUGUGCUAGGGGAGCCGGAUGUUGAGGUGGAAUUCAGGUGGAUCUUUCCUGGACAGAAGGACGAAAGGCCUGUGACCAUUCAAGACACCUGGAGACUGAUCCACCGAGGACUGGGGCACACCACAAGAAUCUCCCAGAGUGUCAUCACCAUUGAAGACUUUGAGACGAUUGAUGCAGGAUAUUAUAUAUGCACGGCUCAGAACCUCCGAGGACAGACAACAGUGGCUACCACUGUUGAGUUUUCCUGACUUGGAAAGUGAAGUACGGUCAACCGAUGGAAAGCCAUCUGUGUAUACGUCGAGGUGCUUUUUUAAAAAGUGCUUUGUGGGAGGCUAGUACCAAAGGCCAACCACUGCCUGUGGGUCAGACAGACAUCCAAAACCAAAGGAAGUCAUCUGUCUAUUAAUAGAAGUGUUACCUUUCCUAGCAGAAAGUGUAUUUUGAUUACUUUCAACCAUGUUUCUCAUUUUUAUACCAAUAAAACAUGUCAACAACUUUGUAUAAUCAUUUCUAUUAAAUGAGCAAGAUUUUAUA